CCUUCUUACUUCAUCUCCCCAGUACUUCUCGACGGAUGCAAUACCCAACUUCCCAGCGAGCGCAGUGGCAAAAACGGAACCGACUUCGCCCAAUCGAUCGGAUCAGCUCUUGGGAACCCACCCCCCGCCAUCCGAUAAUAGUUCGUGCUCCCGCAUUCCCUCGCGGGCCUCCAGCGUCUCUGUCAUACCUCCAGCCUUUCCCUCUGAUACCUCCAGCGCUACUCUCAUCUUGUCGACUCCUCCCUAGCCCUUUCAUCAUUAUAUCAUCGCCACUACUCUGCACCAACACGUCCCCUGUCACAUCGUUCACCACUGUUAAGGCUUUGUCGGCGGUUGCUGUAUCAUGACCACAAUAAUAGUGACAUCGGCUGCGCCACUCCCGACUCCGCAUGAAGACACCAAGACAAGAUAUGAUUUGUAAAUGACUGCAGCACAAAAAAAUCGGAUACCUGUAUGUAUGUAUACCUGUAUUGAGAAGGGUAGCUUCAGUUU